AUGAGCCCGCAAGUUGAUUGUUUCUCGUCUGGAUCGAUCGGCCCUCAACUCGGGAACUUGAACCACACAAGUCCUCAAGCGAAUCAGGGAAUCAGCUCAUUCGGUCCACGAGUGCCGGAGCGAUUCGACUGGCAGCACAAUAGCCUUUCGUCUCCCUUGCCCCCCCAGAUGGGUUUCGAUCCGGACCGCAAUCGAGAUCAAUUUCCAGUUGAGCAUCACCAUCACCAGCGCCCGAUCGAUCGCUCACUAAGCAGUUCGAUUGCGCCCUUCAAUCAUUGGCUUCACUCUGGCAAUCAGCCUGGACCUCCUCUCCCCGGUGCCAGCACACUCCUUCCUGCCUUUCGAGAGGGUCUUGCUCGUGUACCCGCUCCUCAACCGUCUCUCUCUCAUCAAAGCUCGGUAGGGCAUUGCACUGUUCACCCCCUUCCUCUCCGACCCACCGGCUUCUCACCAAUCCCACCGUCCAACACCCAGACGAUCAAUCACCUGCCCAUUUACUCCGCUCCAGCUGGAGUGAUCAGGAACUUAUCUCUCUCUCCUCCCGAUCACUCCAGCUGGCAAUUGCCGAUUCCCUUGGCGGGUGUGGUUGCUCCACCCCACUUCACUGCUGCGCAAGCCUCUCUCGGCACGAACCGUCCUGCUGAUUCCGGGUCGGCUUCUCUCUCCUACCCCAUUCAAAAUGGUCGAGCACAUCCCUUGCCACAAGCCACUGAUCAAUCAAUCCAGCCAUUACAAAUGCAACUGCCACCCCGGCGUCAAGCUCCACCAUUGGCAAUCAUCCUACCCAAGCAAAUCAACACCAACCGGACACCGCUGCGUCUAAACAAUCAUUCUUUAGACCUCUCGCUUCCCGGUACCAUUCCGUCCGGAUGCAGUAUACAUCACCCACGAGAUCGAAUUGCCAAACGAUCAGCUGACACAACAAGCGACAAUGGGUUUGCCAAUACUGGUCGCAAGGGGCAAGCAUACUUUGCACCCGGCCAUCCCUCCCCUCUUUGA